AUGGUAGUAAAAGUAAAAAGACAGAAAAAACCAACACAAACAAAUUAUGUUGGAACUAGACUGCUUAUCUACACACUCAUUACGUCAGUGUUUGCCUUGUAUCUGACCAUGAUUCCAUAUGAGGAGAAUCAAAUCAAGCGGUUUAAUGAAAUUGUGAUAGGUCGCCUUGCAGUCUUCACACUUCAUGGUCUGAUGAUGACUGUGAUCUCAUUGAUCGCAUUCAUUUUGAAUAUGCUCUUCAGUAUUAUGUAUGGUCCAGCCAGAGUCACAAUCUCCAUAGCACUGAUUUACGAGACAAUUGUUAUGCUGCUUUAUUGGGUUAUUCGGUUUCAUAAUUCCAAUAAUUUCUACACCAAGGAAGAGGCAGCUCAACAAGGAUACAAACAUGCUCUUGCAGAGGUUGUAACACACAUCCUUCCUACGAUUGUACUGCUUUAUACGGCAAUACGCAAUAAGAUGUAUCAUUCCGGUUACUGGGUGAUUAUACUUUUAACGGUUUCAACAGCAAGCUACACUGUCAUUUUGAUUUACUGUAACACUAUUCGAAAUACGCCUGUCUAUCCAUUCAUGAAUGGAAUUAGCGUAUUGGGAAAUCUGAUUUGGGGUGGAAUUGGAAUGAUAUUUGGCAGUGUUCUCCAUUUCGUAUACGGUAAAAUAUUGGGCUAA